AUGCUGAAGACGAUGAGCCGUUCCGACAUGCGACACGCGACACUCGUAUCUGCCACUCUGGCUGACACGGCAUUUGGCAUGUCCUGCCACGUCGUGCUGUUAUCCUGCCCGCACGCCCCCUCGCCACUCUGCAUCAAGAAUGAAGAAUCCCCUUCAGAUUGCAUGGUCGUGGACCACACACCAGAGAUCUUCAUCAAGCAAGAGUACAAUGACGACGCCGUCGGCCCACCUCCCGCCUCCCAAGCCACAACGCACCAAACCCAAAAUCCCGAAGCUUCUGCCAGCGAUGAAGAUCGUAGCGAUGAUGAGUCUAGCGCGAAACGCACAUCUACCUCUCGCGGGCCCCCAGACUCUCUUGCUCACGUACUAUGA